AUGCAAAAGGAUGACAUUUUCCUUUUUCUUCUAAUUUAUGUGGACGACAUAGUCCUAGUAGGAAAUAAUUCUCAAGCCUGUAAGGCAGUGAAGGAUUAUUUAAACAAUUGUUUCAAGAUCAAGGACUUAGGAAGCUUAAAAUACUUCCUUGGAAUCGAAAUAGCUCGAAGCAGAGAAGGAAUAUUCAUGUGCCAAUGCAAAUACACUCUCGAUCUACUACAGGAAUCGGGUCUCAGCGGCAGCAAACCUGCCAAUUCACCAAUUGAGCAAAACCAUCGACUUGGACUUGCAGAAGGACCAGACUUUGAUAAUCCUGAACGAUAUAGACGCAUAAUCGGGAAAUUAAUCUAUCUCAACCUCACACGGCCAGACUUAAGUUAUGCUGUCCAUGUCCUCUCACAGUUUAUGCAACAGCCAAAACAGGCUCACUAUGAUGCAGCUAUGCGAGUCCUUAGAUACCUCAAACGAAAUCCAGGACAAGGGAUCCUCUUGAAGUCCGAAUGUGAUUUAAAAUAUCAUGCAUAUUGCGACUCUGACUGGGCUACCUGUCCUCUCACACGCAGGUCUGUUACAGGUUACUUCAUCAUGUUAGGAGAGUCACCAGUAUCAUGGAGAACGAAGAAACAGGUGACCGUAGCUCGAUCUUCAGCAGAAGCCGAGUAUAGAGCCAUGGCAGUCGCCACAGCAGAGCUUGUUUGGCUAGAAGGGUUCCUUGCUUCUCUUGGCGUGGCUCAUACCAACCCAAUGGAGCUAUUUUGUGACAACAAAACGACUCUACACAUAGCUGCGAAUCCAGUCUUCCACGAGCGUACCAAACACAUAAAGCUUGACUGCCAUUUCGUCCGGGAGCAUAUUUAA